AGCUGCAGCAAUACGCUCUACGCAGGCCCACCAACUCAUACUUAGCCCUCGCUAGAGCAUCAGCAGCAACUAUCAAGAGAGCACGAGAGGCUGGUGCUGCAGCACUGAAAGCAGCAGAAGCAGCAGCAGCCCGCCGCCUAACUGCCCAGCAGCAACCGCAGCAGCAGCAGCAGCAGCAGCAGCAACAGCAGCAGCAGCAGCAGCAGCAGUUACUGUCGAGGCAAGGAUCAGCUGCUGCGCCGGGGAUGCGUGAAGAUCUCACCAGAAGUAACAGCAGCAGCAGCUGCUGCCACUGCAACAGCAAUACUAGCUGUUCAGCAGCAGCAGCAGCAGCAGGUCAGACAGAGGAGGCCCCAGCAGCAGCAGCAGCAACACCAGCAACACCAGCAGCAGCAGCAGCAGCAGCAGCAGCAGCAAGUGCUGAUGACCGCACCCCGCUGCUGAGCGCGCGGUCCACCCCACAAGAAGGAGACAGCCCCGUCACUCCCCGCGGAGACAGUCCCCCCUGUCUGCAUGCGCAGCAGCAGCAGCAGCAGCAGCAGCAGCAGCAGCAGCAGCAAGGACAACAGCAAGCAGAACAGCUGCAACAGCAGACGCCUUACCAGCGUCUGCAGCAACAGCAGCAGCAACAGCAGCAGCUGCUGCUGCAGCAGCUGGGUGCUGCAGCAAACACUCCCGCCUGCAGCGUUGAGGACGUCUUCGGAGCAGCAGCAACUGCUGCCACUGUAUCAGCGUCUGUUGCUGCUGCAGCAGCAGCAGCUGCAGCAGCUGCUGCUUCGCCUAACGUCGCACAGCAGCAAGAAGCCUCUACGUUUCGUGCUGCUGCUGCUGUUGUUGCUGCCGCUGCUGUUGCUCUUGCUGCUGCUGCUGCUGCUGCUGCUGCUGCUGCUGUUCUGGCUGUUGCUGCUGCAGGCAAGGCCGUGUCUCCUGCUGCAACACAACUGCAGCAGAGCCCUGACGCUGCGGGGGUCUUCAGCGCUCGUGACACGUCAUCUCCAGCAGCAGCAGCAGCAGCAGCAGCGGCAGCAGCAGCAGCUGCUGCUGCUGCAGGCGUGUUGCAGCCGUGCAUGCUUCGAGCCAGCAGCCCUCAAACCCCACAAGGACGAGAGCAGCAGCAGCAGCUCCUCACCGUUAACAGCAGCAGCAGCAACAACAACAACAGCAGCAGCAGCAGCAGCAGCAGCAGCAAGAACAGCAAGCUCGCUGCUGAGAGCCUUGCUGCCUCCCGCGCGGCGACUCCCUCAGCUUCAACCGCAGCAGCAGCAGGUGCAGCAGCAGGUGCAGCAGCAGGUGCAGCAGCGGCAGCAGCAGCAGCAGCAGCAAGUCUAGAAGCAAGCGAAGCUGUGGCGCUUGAGCUGGAGGACUCAACAGGAGCUGUACAAGCAGUGCCUGUGGGGCGCGGAGAAUCUGCUGCUGCUGCACUGCAUGCGUUCUGCAUGCAGCAGGGGAUCCCCCCCCAGGGAGAGCAGCAGCUGCAGCAGGCCCUCGCAGCAGAGCAGCGGCGGCUGCAGCAGCAGCAGCUGCAGCAGCAACAGCAGCAGCAGCAGCUGCAGCAGCAACAGCAGCAGCAGCAGCUGCAGCAGCAACAGCAGCAGCAGCAGCUGCAGCAGCAGCAGCUGCAGCAGCAACAGCUGCUGCAGCAACAACGGCAUCAGCCACACACCAAAAUUCGCAAGAACAGACAUCAUCAUGCAAACAAAUCUCAGCAGCAACUGCAGCAGCAGCUGCAGCAGCAACUGCAGCAGCCGCUGCAGCAGCAGCAGCAAAUAGCUGCUGCUGCAGAGCUUGUGGAGACAGAAAUAGAAACAGAAGAAACACCCUGGGAUGCCUCUUUGCCUGCUUCUCUGUUUGCAGACGAUGAGCAAGUGCUGCUGCGGCAGCCUCUCUCCAAGCAGCAGCAGCAGCAGCAGCAGCAGCAGCAGCAGCAGCGGCAACAGCAGCAGCAGCCUGGCGGUAUUGUGCUGCUUACAAGCCCGCAACUGCAACCACACACGGUGCAGCAGCAGCAGCAGCAGCAGCAGCAGCAGCAAAGGGAUUUGCUGCAGACACCCCAACUGCUGCAGCAGCAGUUGCUGCCGAUGCCGCGCAACCGCAGCCUACAGAGGAUUCUGCUGCAGCAGCAGCAGCAACAAGCUCUGCUGCAGCAACAGCAGCAACAACUGCAACAGCUGCAGCAGCAGCUACACACUCCUAUGCAGCAGCACAUAUCUCCGCCUCCCCCGGGCACGCUGCUGCUGCAAACGCAUACACCACUGCCGCAGCAGCAGCAACUGCUGCAGCAGCAACUGCAGCAACCGCUGCAGCAGCCACCUGAGCAGACACAGCAGCAGCUGCUGCAGCACUCAGCUCAGCAAUCACCACAGCAACCGCUGCAGCAGCAACUGCAGCAGCCGCUGCAGCAGCAACUGCAGCAGCCGCUGCAGCAGCAACUGCAGCAGCCGCUGCAGCAGCAACUGCAGCAGCCGCUGCAGCAAUCACCUCAGCAGCCACUGCAGCAGUUGAUACCGCAGUCACAGCAGCAAUCACCUCAGCAGCCGCUGCAGCAGCAGCAGCAACAGCUGCAACAGCUGCAACAGCAGCCGCUGCAGCAGCAGCAACAACAGGUGCAGCAGCAGCAGCAGCAGCAACCGCUGCAGCAAGAGCCCUGGUACAGCCCCGCAGAGCAGACAGACGCUGCAUCUCCGCAGCAGCGGCAGCUGGGGUCGAGAGGUAUUAGCUGCCCAGCAACUCCCCAGCAGCAGCAGCAGCAGCAGCAGCUGCUGCAGCAGCAACAGCAGCUGCAGCAGCAGGAGCAGCAGCUGCAGCAGCAGCUGCUGCAGCAAGACGCAGCGUCUGCCUCCCCACCCUUCCUAUUACCUAGCUGCCGCGGGCAUUCGACAUGGCAGCAGCAACAGCAGCAGCAGCAGCAGCUGCUGCUGCUGCAGGCGCAGCAGCAACCUCAGCAGCAGCAACUGCUACAGGAGCAAUAUCAGCGGGUACAGCAGCAGCAGCAGCCGCUGCUGCAGCAGCAACUACAGCAGCCUCUGCAGCAGCCUCAGCACAGCAGCAGCAGCAGCAGCAGCAACAGCCCCCUUUAUUUCUCUCCUAGUUCUGUAGGUCCAUAUUCGCUGUCUCCUGAGCUGCAGCAGCAGCAUCUACAGCAGCAGCAGCUGCUACUGCUGCAGCAGCAGCAAGCUCUUUCUCUGCUGCAGCAGCAGCAGCAGCAGCAACAGUGGCGCUCCUCAAGCGACCGCAAGGACCGUCCAUACGGCCGGAAGGGGAGAAACAGAAAGCAGCAGCAGCAGCAGCAGCAGCAGCAACAGCAGCAGCAGCAGCAGCAGCAGUUGCUGCUGCGGCUGCAGCGGCAGCAGCAACGAUCAGCGAGCAAGGCAAGGAAGCAGCAGCGGUUGCUAGAGCUGCAGCAGCAGCAACGAGCAGCUGGGCUGCAGCAGCAGGUGCAGCAACUGCAUAGAAAGGUGCGGCGGCUGCUGCGGCAGCAUCAGGGCGAGCAGCAGCUGCUGCUGCAGCAGCUGCAAGGAGGAAGAGACCAGGAGCAGCAGCUAGAGGGGCUCCGACUGCAGCAGCAACUGCUGCUGCAGCAGCUGCUGCAGCAGGAUGCCAACGUAUUGAGGGCCCUUGAUAUGCUGCAGGAGCUGCAGACAACAGCAGCAGCAGCAGCAGCAGCAGCAGCAGCAGAAAGCCCAACAGCCGGGCAGCAAGAUAUACUACUGACACCGGGGACUCAGCAGCUACACAUGCAGCAAAGACAGCAGCUGCAGCAGCAGCUGCUGCUGCAGCAGCAAAUGCUAGAGCAGCGGACCGCACAGCUGUGGCAGGAGCAGCUGCUGCUGCAGCAGCGAAGGGAUGAGUAUCAACGCGCGCUGCUGCAGCUGCAGCAGCAGCAGCAGCAGCAGCAAGAGCCAUCAGGGCUGCAGCAGACGGUCAAGAGGGUGCUGCAGCGUAUAGGGGUUGCCUCUGGCUCAGACAAUACAGCAGCAGGAGCAGCAGCAGCAGCAGCAACAGCAGCAGCAGCAGCAAAAGCUACUGCAGCACAAGCACAGGCGCUGCAGGCAAGGGCCCUACAAUGGAGGGGCCUCGUAGAGCAGCAGCGCAAGUGUUUGCUGCUGGGGCAGCAGCAGCAGCAGGAUUUGCUUCGUCAGCAGCAGCAGCAGCGGCUGCUGCACCUUGCUGAUGUUCUCUCAGCUACAGCAGGCAAAAACCCGCAGCAGAUACACCAGGCAGCACGCAGCAGCAGCAGCAGCAGCAGCAGCAACUAUCAUCGUCUACGCAGCAGGAGAGAAUGGAGGAGCUGCUGCAGCUCAGACAGCAGCAGCACCACACCCACAAGCAGCUGCAGCAGCAGCUGCAGCAGCAGCUGCAGCAGCGAGCUGCAGGACGAACCACUCACACCCAAAGUACACUGGAGAGCAGGAGCAGCUGCUCUUAACUAA